GAGAGUGACUUCGGGAGGCGUUACAACUUGAGAUCGAGGCAGACCAUGGCGAGUGAGGGAGAAGUCGAGUCACUUCGCCGCCAGGUAGAAGAACAGAAGAUUCAGCUAGAGGAAGCGCUGCAGAGGGUCUCUCAGCUGGAGAAAGAGCUCGAAGAAGAACGGAAAUCCGUUCGACUGCAAGUGCUCGAAGCCAAGGAAGAGGUGAGAGAUAGAACAGAAAAGACGUUGGAUGACGUGAGAGCGCACCAGGAGCGUAUGCGCAAUGAGUAUACGGAAAUGCUGGCAAAACGGGAUUCACAAAUUGAGGAGCUCGUCCAGAAAUUGGAGGAUGCCAGAGAGAUAGCCCCACCCUUGGAGGAGGACGAAUUACGCACAGAGGAUGUUGCUGAGAGGGCAGAGAGCGCUAGCAGCCAAUCGUUGGGAACUACUAACCAGACAGGUAGGCAAAUGGAGGAGCAUCAAAGUCAUGAGUCGAGUGUUGCCAGUGCAAUGAGGGCCUGGAGUCUUCCUCGGUUGCAAAAGUUUACAGGGGAGAGGGUCAAUGACGAAGAUGGCUUCAAAACGGACAUGUUGCUAGGUUUUUCUGUUGCUUGGGAGAAUGCACAGAUGAGGAUCAAGGAUGCGCAAGAGCGGUACAAGCAGCAAUAUGACCGAUUCCGGAAACCUCACACCUUUCGGAUAGGCGAUCGAGUUUUCAUAGAAGAGGAGGUUGGAAAGAAAAAGAAAAUUGGACUGCCAUUUCGAGGUCCAUACCGGGUAAUCAAAACAACGGAGAACAACGUUGAAGUGAGACCAGUAGGCCGACCAGAAGAGCCUUCCAAGUGGUUGAAUGUGGAGAGAGUACGCCCGUGUCCCCAAGAGAUUGCUGAAGUGCCUUGUCCUGCAAGGAAAGGAAGAAGACGUCGGCAAAAACAGUCAUAACGACGACGGGACUGAACGUGAAUAGUGGGUAGUUCUGACUGGAUAUUUGGGAGUUGACGGCACGAGGGCGUGCCUUUUAGUGAACCGGGGGGUAAUGUAAGGUUGUAUUAUCAUCCGGGUAGUUAGAGAGAGAGAGAGUGGGGGUUCCUGGUUGUGUGUUGGCGGUCGUGCAGUAGUCGCGUGUGUGUUGGCCAAUAGACGGGAAACGUGAGUGCGAGUGGUGCAGUUAGCCUUGUGUGGCGCGAACAGC